UGUAUUUAAAUUUUAUUUUCCAGCUGUUGGACCUAAUGCUGCUAAAAAUACAGAAUAUAAAAAUCCAGAAUAUUUUUGUUAUCAUACAGAAACUUUUGGAGAAGCAGAAGUAGAAUUAGCAAAAUAUAGAUUACCAGCUCCUUCUAAUAAAGUACCUUUUCAUAAAUAGUUUUUUAAUUGUAUUCUAUUGAUAAAAAAUCAUAUAUGUAGUAAGUAACAAAAAAUAAUUAAUAAAUAAUAUUUAAAUAGAAAAA